GUCAGACAGAGGUUAUUCGGUCGUUCGUUGAAUUUGGUACUGGUGCUAACAUAAGUUGGCGGUUUAGGAAGAGGAUUUCCGGUUUCAAGUACUUCAUCCAGUGAUAAUAAUUAAAUUAAAAACAAUAACUAAAAUGGCUGCAAAGUAUCGUAUUGUCAUGGUCCGCCACGGUGAAUCGGAAUGGAAUCAGAAGAAUCUGUUCUGUGGAUGGUUUGAUGCCAAUCUCAGUGACAAGGGUAAGGAGGAAGCUCUAGCAGCCGGAAAAGCUGUUAAAGAAGCGGGACUAAAAUUUGACAUUGCGCAUACUUCUUUGCUGACCCGUGCUCAGGUCACCUUGGACUCAAUUUUGACCGAAUCUGGACAAACAGCAAUUCCAAUUCAAAAAACUUGGCGGCUUAAUGAACGACACUACGGAGGACUAACUGGACUGAAUAAAUCUGAAACAGCUGCCAAAUACGGUGAGGAGCAAGUCUUAAUUUGGCGCCGGAGUUACGACGUGCCACCCCCGAAUAUGGAGCCCGACCAUGCUUACUACAACGCUAUUGUGAAAGAUGACCGUUACAAAGGUGAUCCGAAACCAGAUGAGUUUCCUAUGGCCGAAUCUCUGAAGCUUACUAUUGCUCGUACGCUACCCUACUGGAACGAUGUCAUUAUUCCGCAGCUGAAGGAAGGCAAGAAAAUUAUUAUUGCUGCUCACGGCAACAGUCUGCGUGGUAUUGUCAAGCAUUUAGACAAUAUGACCGAUGAGGCCAUCAUGGGUCUAAACCUACCGACCGGAAUUCCGUUUGUGUAUGAGCUGGACGAAAAUUUAAAACCUGUAGUUUCGAUGAAAUUUCUAGGCGAUGAGGAAACUGUCCGUAAGGCCAUCGAAUCAGUCGCGAACCAGGGUAAGGCUAAAUAAAUAAUUUAUAUGCUAAGUAAGACGUUUAGAAUCAAGUCGCUGCAAUGAUUCUACAUUUCUCUGUUAUAUAAUACUGAUCAAUAAUUUAUUAAAAACGUAAAAUAUGACCCAAUAAAACAUAGAGCACAUAGUGUUAUCAACAUGUUGCUAUGAAUUAAAUUAUCACCAAAAAAGUGUAGUCAAUAAAAAAACGUGAGCCAGUAUAACAAACA